GUACUUACAGAACUAAACCGAGCCGAAAUUCAGAAUCCAUCAUCCCGCGUGGCCAGGUACGACUCCGGGCAAGCCGAGGACUGCCGUUCCAUAUGACGAGCCAGCGUGCUUUUCUUCUGUGUCAGCCAGCGCCGUCCUCAGCUGCCACGAGUGGCAUGCUGGCCGGCCCAGGCCAGGGCGGCUCACGGCUCAGAUGCCUGCUCCUUUCGCCUUGUUGUCGGGUUGACUUGUGGUUCCCAACUCGAACAGAGCCGAGGGUGAUGAAACAAACGUGCAGGUCCGAGGUCAAUCCACAAUCUGCCGUAACGCACUAAAAAGGCGGUGUGGUCAGGAAUUCAGACUGUCACCCCGAGUUCUCCCGCCUCGGACGUCUUGAAAGACACGAUGUGCGCGAUGCCCCCGGCGUUCCAGAUCAGCCCGCAAGUUGCCCGCUUUUGCUGGCAGGUCUUGCAGUUGGACAGCGCCCCGGAGUUCCCGGACGCUGAGCUGCUCCGCGCCGAAGACGUACAGGAGGCCAUCUACGAGCGCGUAUUUGACGAUGCCGUCGCCUUGCCUCUUCCGCGGCGGUACCAGCUGCGAAUUUUGACGGAGCUGAUCGCCAGGAUUGAGUCUGCCAUCGAGGACUGGGACAAGCAUGGCAUCGCGGACAGCCUCACGUCGGCAUUGUCGCGGUUGCUUUCACAGCCACUGCCGUCCGAGAUGGAAGCCGCGCAGCAGAGAUCCUAUGUGACUUACCAUCUCUCGCUUCUUCAAGCACCCAUUGACAACCCGCACAUCACCCUCUUGGAAGCUCGCUCCCUCAUCGCCGCGUCGGGAACUACCGGAUUGCGCACCUGGGAGGCGGCGCUGCAUCUCGGGCAGUAUCUCUGCGUCAACCCUUCCCUUGUCAGGGACAAACGCAUCCUCGAGCUGGGCACGGGAACGGGUUAUCUCGCGGUGCUGUGCGCCAAGUAUCUCGGCGCAGAGCAUGUCAUCGCAUCGGAUGGAUCCGGCGAGGUUGUCAACAAGCUGGCCGACAGCUUCUUCCUCAACGGCCUCCAGGGAUCCGACAGGGUCUCAGCAACGGAACUGAAAUGGGGCCAUGCUCUCCUAGGCACGGAAGAGGACGCAUGGAACGGAGGCAGGCAUGUGGACAUGGUGCUCGGCGCGGACAUCACCUACGACGUGAGCGUGAUUCCGGCUCUGGUCGCGACGCUGCAGGAGCUGGCACGCCUUUUCCCGGGCAUUUCCAUCCUGAUUGCCGCGACGGAGCGGAACAGGGCGACCUUUGAGAACUUCUUGGACGUCUGCGGAAAACGAGGCUUCGCUUUGGCCAACGAGCCGUUCCCGGUGCCGCCGAGGAAGGCGCAGAACGGGCCGUUCUACAAUGAUCAGAGUCCCAUACACAUCUGCAAAUUGAAAUCCAAAUGGUGAGAUCUUGUGCUGCAAGUGGGUGCAAAGUCCCACACAAAACGAAUGGAGAAUUGGGGGGCGACUGUGUUUGGUGCGGGGUCACACCAGAUGUCGGAUGGAUUACGCCUCAAAUUUGCGGCCACAACUUUCUGAUUAGGGCUUGCGCCCAACCAACUAACCGACCCGGGACCGGAAUUUUUCGAGCUCCACCCUGGCGCAGCACCCUGCCCUGCAAAAUUCACCACGGCAGGAAAAUCCCACUUCGAAACCUCCCGGUCUUGCGAACCAGGAAGUUAUCGCCAAACAUCGAC